AUUUUACGUCCAGAAGAUGGCAGCAAUGAGAGGUAAAUGGUUUCUCUACAGGCAGCAGUGUGGUCAGCCGGAGUCAGUGGUCCUUCAACUGGAGGUUACAUUCAGUGGGCUAGCCGAAACGGGGGAUACUUAGCGUCUAAAAACGCCCCAACAUGUCACAGAUUGUGCAGAAACUGGUUGCUAAAGUACCUAUUCUUGUUGAUGCCGCUGUCACCUUUUCCAAACCUCAUCUAGAAACCUUCAGGUAUUACGCUCGGAUUGAACUGGUCCCCCCGACCCCUGCCGAGCUCCCCAGAGCCCUUUUGGGAGCCUUGAACCUGCUCAACAUUACCCGCCUCGGUCAGACCACUGUCAGGGAUGUUGUGAGGAAUGGAGUGGUGGCCACUGAAAUUAUGCUGUGGUUCUACAUUGGAGAGUGCAUUGGCAAACGCGGUCUGAUUGGCUACAAAGUCUGAUAUUUUUGGACUGAUGUUUCUUUUUUUUUCCUUUUGAGUGUUCUAUGCUCAACCUACUGUUCUAUGAACUAAUAAACUGUUAUCUAUUGUUUGUUUCAAA